AAUUUAGCUGUGCCGUGAAAGGUAAUAUUAUAAAGUGCAUGACACGGGUCCACGCACAGAAGACCACUGGGCAUUUAACAAUGCAAACUGCACUUUCUCCUUCUAUAAAUGCAGAGUCGUGUAAGCUUGAAGCUAUCAGAACUGAGAAAGGCUAGGCCAGCAACAAUCCCUGAAAGAUUUGUUAGGGACAUGACAGAAAGACCAACACUAGCCACAGCUCUACAGCCUCCUGAUACCGUUCCCAUCAUUGAUUUCUCAAGGCUUGUUAAAGGCAAUAAAGAUGAAUACAAGAGUGAAAUGUUGCAGCUGACAAGAGCUUGCGAGGAGUGGGGUUUUUUUCAGGUGAUUAACCACGGGAUUGAUCUGAGUUUGCUGGAGAGUAUAGAGAAGGUUGCCAGGGAUUUCUUCGUGCUGCCUUUAGAGGAGAAGCAGAAGUAUCCCAUGUUGCCAGGGACUGUUCAGGGAUAUGGACAGGCCUUUGUGUUCUCUGAGGACCAAAAGCUGGACUGGUGCAACAUGUUUGCUCUUGGGCUUGAGCCCCACUUUAUAAGGGUCCCAAAACUAUGGCCAGCAAAGCCACUCAAGUUCAGUGAAACUGUAGAGGUCUAUUCAGGAGAAGUGAGGAAGCUGUGUCAGCAUCUACUGGAAUAUAUAGCCAUGACACUAAACCUGAGAACAGAUUUUUUUGAAGAGAUGUUUGGGGUGGCUGUGCAAGCCAUAAGGAUGAACUACUACCCACCAUGUGCAAGACCGGACCUUGUGUUAGGUCUUAGUCCGCAUUCAGAUGGAAGUGCCCUUACAGUGUUGCAGCAAGGGAAGGGUGGUUCAGUAGGACUCCAAAUCCUUAAAGACAACAAAUGGAUGCCUAUUCAGCCUGUUCCAAAUGCAUUUGUCAUCAACAUUGGCGACACUUUAGAAGUUUUAACAAAUGGAAAAUACAAGAGUGUGGAACACAGAGCAGUGACUCACAAGGAAAAAGACAGGCUCUCUAUUGUCACAUUUUAUGCCCCUAGCUAUGAAAUGGAGCUUGGACCAAUUCCAGAACUGGUGGAUGAGAACAACCCAUGCAAGUAUAGGACAUACAAUCAUGGAGAGUACAGUAAACACUAUGUAACUAGCAAGUUGCAAGGCAAGAAAACCCUGGAAUUUGCCAAAGUUGAAAGCAAGAAACCUACUUAGCCACACACACACACCCACCUUGGGGUGCUCAAUAUUUAGAUUUUGUAUAAAAUGUCGUUUAUGUUUCUAUUUAGAAUGGUAAGGUCAAAUUACAAGUUGAUGGGAUGCACUAUUCUUAUGCAAACUCAUUUGUAUUAGCUCAUCAAUUAAUACAAGGCGGUGGGGUCUUGUGUUUCCAAA